AUUUGUGGCUACGCGCGGUUCAGUCCAUGCUCGAGUUCGUUGGUGAAAAGUGCGUUAGUCAAAUCUUAUUCAAGUAUAAAUCAAUCAAUCUUCCACUGUCGAAUUAAAGAUGAUCUCAAUUAUGGAUAUCAGAAUUUCUCUGAUAAUCCUAGUGAUUACGCAGCUUUGGUCGCCAGUUCGUGGUUUCUUCGUGGAUUACAACAUGACCGAGUAUUGGAAAAUGCCUGCCCUGUUUCAGUACGAGAGCAUUGAAAGCUGCUUGAGGUCCAGUCCAGAUGGGCUAUUCUGUGUAGUGAAGAGUGUUGUUAAAUCCGACGAACGAUCGGACACCUGGAGAUCAAUCAAAAAAUAUUCAAAGUAUCCCUAUCAGUUUCAACAUGCGGUGCUUACGCGGGGAAUAUGCGUGGAUCAGUGUGAACAACUGGUGAAAAGCUUCACUGAACAGCAACAGAGGCAAUAUCUUCAACCAAAGACCGACGUGGAUUUCCGGUACAUCAUCAACAGCUGGUUGCUGCCGAACAUUAGCCACUACCGGCAACAGUACGGCACACUCGUCAACAUGUGCUUGAACUACCGGUUGCAGUCCACACACAAUCUAACGGCCUAUUCGGAAAUCGAGCAUUGCACUACUAAUGCCACACUAGUUCGGAAAUCUGAUUUUUGGGACGUUCUCUUCUACGCAACCAUAGCACUGUUGUUUGCGCUCUCAGCCGGUUCUUCAAUCUACGACUGGAAAUUAGCGAAACGAGAUGAUCACAAUCACUACCGAACACCGUUAAUCAAUAGAGGAUCUAAUUUGUUAACGGCAUUUUCAUGGCGAAGGAACAUCAAUCGAUUGACGAUCAAAUUGAACACAAGUCAAAUCCAGCAGGACCUGCGCUUCCUGGAAGCCAUCCGAGUGUAUACAAUGACAACGAUCUCAUUUACCCACGUCAUGAUAGGAGUAGCCAUGACCACUAUCCAAAACCCCGAAAUGAUUGAAAAGCUGCUGUCGAGACCGGGGUUUCAAAUUUUUCUGUCACUGAUGCCUUUCGAGGUGGAUUUUUUCUUCGCCAUCAGUGGGCUUCUACUGGCCGUACAGAUUGGAAAAAUGACCCAAACCAAACGCUUCAGCUGGAGACCCUUCUGGAUGGGUGUGGUAAAUAGGUAUCUGAGAUCUCUGCCGGUUUAUGCUGUGCUGAUGCUGUUUGAAGUUUCCGUCUACGAUAAGCUACAGGUCAGCCCAUCUGGGUACCGGAUAAUGCCCAUGGCACGGCGAAUGUGUCGCGAGAAGUGGUGGUCUAACUUUUUAUUCAUCAACAAUUACUAUCGGCCGGAGGAGCAGUGCAUGAUUCACACGUGGUAUCUUGCGGCUGAUUUCCAGAUGUUCUUCGUUGGAUUCCUGGUGCUAAUGCUCCUUUGGAAGUUCCAGAACAUUGAGCGGUUUUUGAUUUAUGUGAUAUUAAUGAUAGCAACCUUCCUACCAAUGGCAAAUAUUUACUACCACUCGUUGGACGGCAUGAUGCUUCUAACAAACAAAGGAAAUGAAUAUCAAUUGUGGUACGACAAGUGGUUCACCCGAACGUACCAAGCCACCGAAAGCCAUUGUAUUAGUUACUUCGCUGGAAUGCUGAUAGGAAUAAUCUACCACAAAAUGCAAAACGACGAUCUAUUUUUGGCAAAAUCAAAGCUCUUCAAAACCCUGAAGUACAGCACCAUCCCCUUGGGGGUAAUCUUCAGCCUACCGGCGCCGGUGUUCCACCAGUACGAGUUCAGCAAACCCUCCCUGUGGAUGGCAGCAUACGCGGGAGUGCACCGCCUCGUUAUGGCGUCCUGCAUUGGCAUAAUUUUUCUGGUGUUGAUGUUCUCCGAUCGGGAUACAUUGAUCGGCCGGCUAAGGGCGUCUAAACUGUUGGAGAAUGCCUUCUAUCGAGUGCUGGGACGGCUGAAUUUUGGGUUCUACCUGAUUCACAUGGGGGUGCUCAAGGCCGUGUUUAGUAAUUAUCACGAGGGCCAACGUACAUCAGGGGUUAUGGUGAUAAAUGUAUUUAGUUCGGUGACAAUGAUAACUUAUGUUCUAGCUCUAAUUGCUUAUCUCUUGAUAGAGAAACCCUGUGAUAUUAUUUUUAAACAGCUGUUCGAACGUAAUGAGACAACGCGGCAGGAGAAAGGAGUCAAUGCGCCGCCUGCAUUGGAAAGAAGCCCCUGCCAAGUGGUGAAUAUUGAAAUAAGACGGCGAACAUCCAUGUCUACCAAUGGUGAAUCAAAAUAGCUUUGUUGAAUCGUGCUACUAAAACAUUAAGGGAAAAAAGUUAAAUAAAACUAUUUUUUAUAAAUAA